AUGUCGUUAUUACCGUUGCUAUAUUCUGCUUGGUGGGCAGACUUGGACCGUCCACACCGUCUCAUGGAUCAACAUUUUGGCAUGGGACUUCAUCCUGAACAAUUGACAUUUCUUCCUUCCUGGCCGAAUUCGAUUUUAAACAACAGAGCUGCCUUGGAUCUUUAUUACAGACCGAUAUCAUCUGAGUUGCUACGUCGUGGCGAGACUGGUACAUCGACCAUCACUGCAGGAAAGGACACUUUUAAGGUUAUGCUCGAUGUACAACAAUUCAAGCCAGAAGAGAUCAGCGUGAAAGUCAUCGAUCGAUGUGUCGUGGUCGAAGCGAAACACGAGGAGAGAAAAGACGAGCAUGGUUUAAUUUCGAGACAAUUCAUGAGAAAGUACUGGCUACCCCAGCAAGUAGAAGAGAAUGAAUUGUCAUCGAAUAUAUCAUCCGACGGCAUAUUAACGAUUACGGCACCAUUAAAGGAGAAAGAAGGAAAGUCGAACGAAAGAAGGAUCAAAAUAGAAUUGACAGACAAACCUGCCAUUCGAUUUGACAAACCAAGUGAAGGAAAAACCACUGCUACGAAACCCGAGACACCGGAUUCCCCCAAAUUAUCUUUUUUAGAGAGCUAA